AUGGAGUCAACACCCGCAGCAUCAACAGGCGCACAGCCGCCAGUCACCAUUGUCUGCGUCGGUAUGGCAGGCAGUGGCAAGACGACCUUCAUGCAGCGCAUCAACUCGCAUCUGCACUCGAAACAAACACCGCCCUAUGUCAUGAACCUCGAUCCCGCCGUGCGCAAAGUCCCCUUCGACUCGAACAUCGACAUCAGAGACAGCGUCAACUACCGCGAAGUCAUGAAACAAUACAACCUCGGCCCCAACGGUGGCAUCCUCACAUCGCUCAACCUGUUUGCGACAAAGAUUGACCAAGUCUUGAACAUCCUGGAGAAGCGCUGCUUGCCGGAAAACCAAGAGAAGGGAGAAGAACACAAGGUGCCCAAGCACGUUCUGGUCGACACACCUGGCCAAAUCGAAGUCUUUGUCUGGUCAGCAAGUGGAAGCAUUCUGCUCUCUUCUCUCGCCUCGUCCUUCCCUACCGUCCUCGCCUAUGUCAUCGACACUCCUCGCACCACCGCCUCCACCUCAACAUUCAUGUCAAACAUGCUCUACGCCAUCUCAAUCAUGUACAAGACCCGCCUACCAAUGAUCCUCGUCUUCAACAAGAACGAUGUCAAGUCAGAAGAGGAAGCAAUCGACUGGAUGCGCGACUUUGAGUCCUUCCAAGAAGCUCUCCGCAGAGAGGAAGAGGAAGAAGCAGAAACAGGCGCCGGCGGCUCAGGCUACAUGGGCUCUCUCCUCAACAGCAUGAGUUUGGUACUCGAAGAAUUCUACAACAACCUCUCCGUCGUGGGUGUAAGCAGCAUGACCGGCGCCGGCAUCGACGCCUUCUUCGAAGCUGUGGAAGAGAAGCGCGAAGAAUUCAACAAAGAUUACAAAGCCGAUCUCGACCGCAGAAAGGCUCAACGCGAGCAAGAAAAGGAAGCAAACCGUGAAAAAGAAGUCGCUCGUAUGAUGAAGGAUAUGCGCGUGGGAGGAAACAAGCGCGCACAAAAAGAAGAAGCCGAAACCGUUUCUGAAGCCGAAGAGGAAGAUGAGGAUGAUGGUGCCUUGGUCGACAGAGAUGAAGACGAAGAUGUCAGUCAAGAUACCCUGCAGAAGCGCUAUCAAGAAGCUCUCAGUGCGGGUAACCAGAUGUCUGGCGAGGAUCUGAGUUUUGCCAAAUAUGUCCAAGCUGCUGGGAUGAGUAAGAAGUAG